UCGCGCCCCUCGCCCGAUCUGAUUGGAUGGCGGCGGAAAAAGGCGGGGAGACCCCCGGAGGAGGCGCGCGCAGGCCAGCCGGGGGGUUCCCACGGAGGCGCCCAGAGGGCAAAAGGGCGGGAGCGGGCCUCGGAGCGUCGCGCGUGCGCAAUAGGGACAAGGCCGCUUGGGGACUGCUGGGAGGGCCGGACCCUGCGAGAAACGGGUGGGCGUAGGCCCGGUGGGCGCGGGAGGGGCCCGGGCUGCAAGAGCGCGCGUGCGCCUCGGAGCCGGAGCCGCGGGAGGAGGCGGGAGCUGAGGAGGCGGCGGAGGGGGCGGGUCGCGUCGGGCGCCACGUCCGCAGCCAGAGGCCGCCGCCUCCACCGCCGCCGCCACAGUUUUCCAGCUCCACAUCCUGAAAGGACGCCUCCAGAGCCGCGACUGCCUGGGGUUGUGCCGGCCGCAGCUGCCGCCCAGGCCGCCUCAGCUCUCCUAGGCGCCGGCCUGCUCCCUCCGCCCGGCUGCUGCCCUAGCGCUGGCCGCGAUCCCGGCGCCUUUGAAACUUCUGCUGGUGUGAGUGCCCUCAAGGGUUCCCCAGAAAUAUCGAUACCACACCAACAGGAGAUCAUGAAUCAGACAGAUAAAAAUCAACAAGAAAUCCCAUCAUACCUUAAUGAUGAACCACCAGAAGGUUCAAUGAAAGAUCACCCACAGCAGCAACCAGGCAUGUUGUCCCGUGUGACUGGGGGUAUCUUCAGUGUUACGAAGGGAGCUGUUGGUGCCACCAUUGGUGGUGUGGCUUGGAUUGGUGGAAAGAGUCUGGAAGUGACCAAAACAGCUGUUACAACUGUGCCUUCCGUGGGAAUAGGGCUGGUGAAAGGGGGUGUAUCUGCUGUGGCUGGAGGUGUUACAGCUGUUGGGUCUGCUGUUGUAAACAAAGUGCCCUUAACAGGAAAGAAGAAAGACAAAUCUGACUAAAAUAUGGAGAUACACUUGUGCUCCACAGCACUAUAAUGCCAGUGGCAUUGAAUUGCUAAAUUAUGGACUACAACCAAGUCAACUGUUUUGGACGUUUAUCUUCUAAACUGCUGUGUUGAAAGUACUGAUGACUGGCUUUCAUCUAAAAAGAAGAGACCAAUACAAGCACAGUAUAUGAAGGUUUCUCAUACUUAAGUUCCAGCUUUUUAUCUGGUAAAAUGUUACACUUACUCAGUUGUAACUGAAGAUAUGGUAUGUUUGAAUAUUUACUAUAAGUCUUUCAGUUUGACUAAAAAUGUGAAAGUUGAAUUUAGUAGAUGAUCUUCACAGUUCCAUAUGUAUAAUGUACCAGGUAACUCACCUGCCCCUUAAGAAGGGAACCUUGAAUUACAUAAGCCGUACCUUUGAUGUGCCUAAUAGUUUCAGAUGUCUUAGUUUUUUAUAACCAUAGUUGAUUAGGCCAAGUGGCAUUCAUUUCUUAUUUGAGCUGGCAAAAUUAGCAGGAAUUAGAGAAGUUUAAAAAGAAAAGAUAAAUGGUUUUAUGAUAAUGUUAACCAUCUUUUGUUAGUAAACAUGCGUUUUAUUAUUUUAAUCAUUGAUGCCUUACAAAAGAAAACAUCUUUUUCUAAUACCCUGAGUAUGUGCUGUUCUUAGAGUCAUCUAUGGAUUCUUUUAAAGGUUGUUUGUGAAAGUAGUUUUCCCUCUUUAGAAUCUCAGGAGUAGUGCGGUAAAGGCAUUUCCUGCUGUCAGUGGAUAAGACAGUGCUUGUUAACUGUUCUGGCAGUAGUUAAAAUUAAAUUGUACACUUCUCAGCCUGGGUUCAUGCUUCAUCAUUAAUACACCUCACAGUGCCUAAGGAACAUUUACUUACAGGUCAGAAGGUAUUUUGGAAGAGUUAUUAAGGAGGAACAAAUAAUUUAAGUUCUUAAAAAUUACCUAAAACACCCAAAAUAUAACAAGAAGCCUUCACACCUAUUCUGUCUUUAGGAUGUCUUAAAUUAUCAGCAGUACUCCUUUUUUAAAAACACUGUAAAAGUAACCACAAAUAUGUGAGGACUUACUAUUUUAAAUGGAAUGAAAUGAGCUCCAUAGAUUAGUUUUGAAUAUAAAAUAUAUAAAAGUGCUUCAAUGGUUUAUGUAGGCUUUAAAAACAUGUUAUCUUACAGUCCUUUAAAGCAGCUGUAGAGUUUGUAUCAUUUUUCAAGCCAAUUUCAGUCAGGGAUUUGAAGUGUUUGAUUAUGGAUGAUAAAUGUGUCGUAUCUUAUUAGUAUGUCUCAUGUUUCAUUCCUUCUCAGUAUGAUUUAGCUGGAAUUCAUUUUCUUUUUGUUUCAUGUUUAAUUUCAUAAACAUUUAACAAUUGGCAUAUAUACCUGGCAUUCCUAUCAACCAAGGAUUAUAAUCCAAGCCUGGGAAAAUCUUAAAUUUCUUUAUACUUAAAUCUGAAAAUUUGUCUCCAUUCUGCCAACUUUUUUUUUUCAUAGUGGAGGGGAGGAAAGGGGGGUGAUACCUUGCAGUAAGUCAGUCAAGAUAGCAUGCCUGAAAAUUUGAAACAGACCAUUCUAACACCCAAGGCUUAAUUGUUUAUAAAAUACUUAAGAGAAUUACAUUAAUGUGGAAUCAACAAAUGGAUAAGAAUAUAACAUAAUUUUUAAACGCUUUCAUAAAUACCAGCAGCAAUUGUAAGCAAAUCUACAAAGGUUCUUGAACCUUUCUAUUAUAUACAAAACUGAAGUCAUUAAGGAGUUCAACUAAUCAGGAAUUAAAUGGUCAUUUAUUUCAUGCAGUAUGAUUUAAGGUAUUUGUUGGGAUUCUGGUCAAAUGUUGUAAUCAGCAAACGGGAUUAAAAAAAUCCUCCAAAAUCAAUAGGUGAGCACUAAAUAAUGAUUUAAAUAAUGGUAUUGGAGAACUUGUUUCCUGCUAUUUGGAAGAAAUUAUUGCUUCAUUGCUAGUUUGUAUUUCUACCUUCUACAGUUGUAGACUCCACUGUGCUUUGUAUCUGAAUUUCUCAGUAUAGACAUUUUGUUUACUGUAUGCUUGCAUAUUUAUUUUCAACUUUGCCUGUCUUUAAAAUUGCUUGAGGAAAAAUGGUUGUAAUUAAUUUCUGCUAUAGAAAAGCCACCCGGUACGUUUUGUCUCAUCAAAAUUGUUUUAAAUUCUAAACUAUAACUUUGUUCAGAGGGGCUUUUGCAAUGAUAGCAGAAAACUGUACAAAUGUACAGUUAGUUAUAGAGGUUCUUGUUGAAUUGAACUUACCAUUUGAUGAUAUGUAUGUACAGCUGUAUACUUCAGUCUCUUUUAGUUUACUUAGAAAGACUAGCAAUUUGACCUGUUACACAGGACUAGUUCACAUCAAGAAAUUCAGGUUAGUGUAUACACCUGGAGGCAUCUGUUAUUCAGCUUAUCCUUUGAGUGGGUAUUUGGCACAAUGAGGAUAAACUUAUGUGACCCACUUGAAUGGCUGAUCUAAUAUGUUGACAUUAUGCAUUCUGUACUUAGUGAAAUGUCAGAUGAAAAUAACUGAUGAAUAAUUUUUUUUUGUAUUAAAGGGAUGGGAAAAGAACACAUGAAUUUGUUAAUAAAGCACUAUGAUCUGCAAAAGAUGGAAUGUUUCAUAAAGAUCUAAAGAAAUAAAGGAAACUUUAAAACAGGG